AUGGCCCUAAAUCUACGAAAAAACCAUCCACUACUAAAAAUCAUCAACAACUCCCUAAUUGACCUUCCAACCCCAUCAAACAUCUCAGCUUGAUGAAACUUCGGAUCCUUACUAGGCCUAUGUCUAACUGUACAAAUCAUCACAGGCCUACUACUAGCCAUACACUACACAGCAGACACCUCCCUAGCUUUCACCUCUGUGGCCCACACAUGCCGAGACGUACAAUUCGGAUGACUAAUCCGAAACCUCCACGCAAACGGAGCCUCAUUCUUUUUCAUUUGCAUCUACCUACACAUCGGCCGAGGAAUUUAUUACGGUUCAUACCUAAACAAAAAAACCUGAAAUAUCGGAGUAAUCCUUCUCCUUACACUAAUAGCAACUGCCUUCGUAGGAUAUGUUCUGCCUUGAGGACAAAUAUCCUUCUGAGGGGCAACAGUCAUCACAAACCUCUUCUCAGCAAUCCCAUACAUUGGACAAACACUAGUAGAAUGACUAUGAGGCGGAUUCUCAGUAGACAACCCUACACUAACCCGAUUUUUCGCCUUCCACUUCAUUCUCCCUUUCGUAAUCGCAGGCCUAACACUAGUGCACCUAACCUUCCUCCACGAAACAGGCUCAAACAAUCCACUAGGCAUUCCCUCAGACUGCGACAAAAUUCCAUUCCACCCAUACUACUCCAUCAAAGACUUACUAGGAUUCGCACUAAUAAUCAUCCCGCUGAUUACCCUAGCUCUAUUCUCCCCAAACCUCCUAGGAGACCCAGAAAAUUUCACGCCCGCCAACCCUCUGGCCACACCUCCGCACAUUAAACCCGAAUGAUACUUCCUAUUUGCAUACGCCAUUCUCCGAUCUAUCCCAAACAAACUAGGAGGAGUCCUAGCCCUAGCUGCCUCAGUCCUAGUCCUAUUCCUAAUCCCCUUCCUUCAUGUCUCUAAACAACGUUCCAUGACCUUCCGACCUCUAUCACAAAUCCUAUUCUGAACUCUAGUCGCAGACCUCUUAAUCCUAACAUGAGUAGGAAGCCAACCGGUAGAACACCCGUUCAUCAUCAUCGGCCAACUAGCCUCCUUCACCUACUUCGCAAUCAUUCUAAUCCUAUUCCCUAUCGUGAGUGCGCUAGAAAACAAAAUACUCAAACUCUAA